GGGAGGCUGAGAAGUGAACCGUCUGUGAGCCCCGUUUAAUCUGGGAACAAGGGACUUUUCAGCAUCUUCGUCGGCCCUGGGAAGACCAUGGCUCUCUCCAGGAUCCGUCGAGAGUCUCUGCUGGUGAUUUUACUGCAAAUCGUGCUGAUUUGCUCGGCUCAGAGGGGCCCAGUUGGUCCCAGAGGGCCCGCAGGGCCGCCUGGAGCAUCCGGCGUGCCCGGAGUGGACGGCAUCGACGGCGACAGAGGAGAAGACGCAACAGUGAACGGCGGACCAGGUGCUGAUGGUGAUAACGGCAAAGACGGAGCUCCAGGAGCUGCAGGACUUCCAGGCGCAGAUGGACCUGUUGGACCGCCUGGAGAUCCAGGCCCAGUGGGCAAACAGGGGCCUAAAGGAGAUUCUGGCCCUAGUGGACCUUCUGGGGAGCCUGGUGUAGGACCUGAUGGGCUCGAUGGUAUUCCUGGAACAGAUGGACUACCAGGUGAACUGGGAAAAGUUGGACCUGCUGGAGCGAGAGGAAAGAGAGGUCCAGUCGGGCUUCCUGGUGUUGCUGGGCCAAGAGGUCUACCAGGUGUAUAUCAAGGCGAGGACCUGUGUCCCAACGCCUGCCCCUCUGGUCUACACGGACACUCUGGUCUCCCCGGCAUGAAGGGCCACAAAGGAGUUAAGGGUGAAUCUGGUGAGCCUGGAAGACAAGGACACAAGGGAGAAGAGGGUGAUCAAGGACUGCCUGGGGAAGUUGGAGCACAAGGACUACCAGGACCAGGUGGAUCAAGAGGCCUCCCAGGAAUAUUGGGCUCCAAAGGGGACAGGGGACCUCGGGGAAAACCUGGUGAUUUAGGUCCUCAGGGAAUUCAGGGAGGUCCAGGUGAUCGAGGCCAAAGAGGAGCCAUCGGUGAGCCAGGCCCAGCAGGAGUUCAUGGGGAUCUUGGUCCACCUGGAAUCAGAGGAGUACCUGGGCCAAAAGGAGAGCCUGGCCUCCAUGGUCCAGACGGACGUGAGGGAAUACCUGGGCUGCCAGCGUCGAAGGGUCUUCCAGGGAAAAGUGGGGCUCCAGGUGAUGCAGGCCCUCAAGGGCUUCCUGGUUUGCCAGGCGCUUAUGGACAAAAAGGUCAUGCUGGUGUAGAGGGUGUCACAGGUGAUCCAGGAGUUGUUGGUCUGAUGGGGUCACCAGGAAAACAAGGCGAGCGUGGUGAGCAGGGAGAAGUCGGACCUGUGGGACCCCGAGGAGGACCAGGAGAUCGAGGAGAAAGAGGACACCAGGGACCUGCCGGGUUACCAGGAGCCAGGGGAAGCAGAGGGGAUCCAGGACUCCCAGGACUUCCAGGUCCAGCUGGUUAUCGUGGCCAGAAGGGCGAAAGAGGUGCAGUUGGUCUUGACGGUCCACAGGGAGAACAGGGACCUUCAGGUGCUGAAGGAACAGCAGGAGAGAGCGGAGAACUGGGGGAUCAAGGAGAACCAGGAGAGAAAGGAGCGACAGGUCCACCAGGAGAGACAGGAAAUAAAGGACCAGAGGGUGGCCGAGGACAGCAGGGUAAAGAAGGCAAAUUGGGCCAGCCAGGACCUCGCGGCAUGCAGGGAGACAUGGGGGUACCAGGCCUGCCUGGGGGUCAGGGCCCAGCGGGAAAAACCCCAACAGACACACAUAUCAAACAAGUCUGCAUGAGGGUAAUGCAAGAGCAGCUGGCCCAGCUAGCAGCCAGCCUCAGUAGACCUGAGUCAGGUAUCUCAGGGCUUCCCGGUCCUCCUGGCCCUCCUGGACCUCCAGGAGUCACCGGAGAGAACGGUUUCCCUGGACACACCGGCUCAAGAGGACUGCCCGGUCUGAAGGGUCCAGCUGGGGUGAUGGGUCGCAAAGGAAUCAAAGGUGAUCAGGGUGACAAAGGGGAUAGAGGACCUACAGAGAGAGGAGCCAAAGGAGCUCCAGGUGCCCCUGGUCUACCAGGUAAUGCCGGUCGGGCAGCUUAUGGCACAAAUGGCCGUGAUGGAGAGCGAGGACCCCGUGGUGUUCCUGGAGCAGUGGGCGUUCCUGGGCCUCCUGGUACUCCAGGUCUGAACGGAUACUGUGAGUCGUCACAGUGCAUCUUACCCAUGGUGGCAUCGCCAGUUUCUGCAAAGGACUCCGGCAUGAAGGGCCCAAAUGAAAUGUGAGGAGGAGUCAGAGUAGAAAUCUGAGAGACUGGAGGAGAACCAUUUGGUUUUGUCACUUGGUUUGUAUGUUUCUUCUUUUCAUUUGGUCCUCUCGUCUUGAAGUUAUUUUUAUCUCUUGAAGCCAUCUUUGUGGUUAUAAAGGUGGACAAUGAACAGCACACCUCGCAUUUUGAAGCUCCUUUGCAUAAAAAAAUUACCUCAAUUUUUCCAUCUCUGUACAGUAAAAGCUGAAAAAUUAAGAGCUCACUGUUUUUGUAUAAAACUACCAGUCCCAUUUCUUUCUGAGCAACAACAAGACAAGUCCAAAAGUUUUCUGUAUGUUUAUGUAAAUGUGUCAAUACAAAAAUUACACUGCUGGAUGACAUACAUUUUGUUGUAUCUUUGUUGUUUAUCCACUUAAAUCCCUUUUUUCCCCUAAAUGUUGAAUAUGUUUAAUGAUAUCUCUGUCAUGACGACUGUUGUUUUUGUGACUGGAUGGCGGUUAGCAGUUUUCUAUGACUUCUUAUUUAUUAUAUCAAAGUUCAAAGUGACAUCUUCAAGUUGUA